GGUGAAAUGUGCCAGCUGAUGCGGGGUCAACGGCGUGCGAUAGUCGACGCCGUCGCCACGCCUGCAGGUAAACAAACGACCAAGUCACUGCUGCAUGUCGCCCGACGUACAUGUACUGGCCUUCGCACCCGAGACUGCCAAAUGAAAUUGAAACCCCGACAGGACCACAGCAGCAAGGUUCACCAUCAUUUCCCGCUCCUUCUACACCGCAAGUGGGUACGAAUCAAGCAGACCGCCUGCGCCUGCCUCUCUGGACGCGCCUUGCCGUCACGGGUAUGGAGCCGAGCAGCACCCUGAUCCCACGUAGAAGAUUCCUUUGUUAUGCACCGACCGACCUGUCUGUGCUAGCCAUCGCUCCUCAGCACACAUGCAGUAGUGUGACCCGAAGCAUCGCACACUGGCCAUGUGUGUGGGCGAACUUUCCGGCAACCAUAGACGCCUUCGAUUGUUUGUUCCCGAUUCGUGCUACCUACUUGCUGAACGUCCAGCAUGGCGCAUUGCCGCUCGUCAACACCUUCCCGAAGCUAGGACACCCAUCACACCCCCCAGCACAGCGAUUCGCCGAGGGUGAGCGUGACGGCAUUAUCGUGAUUUUGAGGCGCGCGCUCAGCUCGAGUGACCUGUGGAUCUACCAAUCCACUCGACCAACGCAUGAAACAGAAUCGACUGACCAAGCCUUACUCAUCUCUGAACACAACGGCUCCCACGACCACACUUCCCGAAACUCUGCAGAAGCAGAACAUAUUUGCUUUCAAAAACAUAGUUGGGCGUCAAGUAAGGUGCUUGCACCCCGAACACAUUCGUGUGGAUACCUCUACCCCAUAGAAAAUCUAUCAGCCAGCGACAUGCAAGAUCAUCCCAUCUGUGUGCGACUAUCGCUAUGAAAGCCCGACUCGCCUCGACGAUCAAACGGUUAUUUCCGUGUUGACGAAGCUUGGGAUCCAAGUGAUAACCCAUAGAUCCACAACAAAUAUGCAGUUUGUGUUGGCCAACCGCAUCCGCAGACGGAUACCUUCAAGGUUACAUUCGUACAUGUAUCCGCCUGUUCUUUCUACGGGGUAGCUUGCUAUUCAGACGAGUCUUGUGCUAUCCUUUUUCUAGGUGUUACUACCCAGGUAACCGAUAUAGCCAAGCCUGGUGUCAUUCCUCCAAGUUUAUGCGCCCAGACAAGUCACUGAAGAACGAGCUACCGAGGCGAUGUGCAGUGCUAGUUUAUGUGCUUGAGCGAGGAUGCAAGACAUGACUGGACCAUCAAACAUAGCCUUUGUACUCCAACCACUGUUCGUCC